CAAAGUUAUGUGCUGAUUGAAAGCUAAUAAUAUGAGAUUAGAAAACCCAAAAAGCCUCCUUGAAAUUACCUAAACCCCAUUAAAACAUUGUUUGUCGAAAUUCCCAUCGAAACCCCAACCAACCAGACAAAAUUGGUGAAACCCUUAAGCAAUGAGCAGUCAUCAAUGGUGGAGGCCUAGCAGUGAUGUAGAGAAAGUAUCAAAGGUUCCCUCUCCUACUACUCAAAUUCGUGUAGUUUCUUAUGCGGGAAGCCGAUGCCGUAAAAACCAAAGCUUCAUACAAGAAGAUUAAUGUGGCAUGCUGCAAGCUUCAGUUGGAGGGAGCUCUCAACAUUCCCAUGACUUGCAAUCAUGUACAACUAGUAUUUGGAAUCCCUUCUAGUGAAAAGAAACCGGUUCUCGACAACCAUUACAUUCGUGAGGGCCACACUCCAUCCAUUAUAAAGAUUGAAGAUCUCAUGGUUGAAACAGAGAAUGCCACAAAAUUCCAUUGCCUAUUUAUUAUUUUUGUGUGUGCUACUCUCUUUGCCCCUACGAUGGGCUUGGAAGGUCACCAUGCCUUAUGGCAUGCCCUUCCCGAAUCACUAAUAGGAGAUGUUAACUGGGGACAAUUCCUCAUUGAUGAACUUAUGCAUGUCGUACAUGACCACCGACAAAGUGGGGGGUUUUACAUUAGGGGUUGCUUGUUGUUCCUGCAGAUUUGUCCUUACCAAAACUCUCCAUCUUAUACCAACUUUACUUGUCAAUUUUCAUGUCACGAUGAGAUUCUUUAAUACUUUCUUUCAUUAAUAGUUCUUCUAUGUUUGUUUC